UGGAGCAAUAAGCACUGUACUUCUAGUUUAGAGUUGACUGAUUCAGCCCAGAAUCUCCUCACCUGAAAGAAAUGGACUCACCAACAAGCAAACUGAAAAGUCCUGUGAUGCUGGCAUCUGACUGCUUUGGGGUUGAAGACGUAGCCUAUCUGCCGGAGACUAUGAUGUAUUCCUUAAAUGCAUCUUUGGCAUCUUCUGGGAUUGAGACUGUUUGUGCCCUCUGGGGCUGUGAGCUGGGUGCCAUGAAGCGGACUGCUGUGUUCGAGGUGGAAGAUGACCUUCUUGAGCACCAGUUCUUUAUCCGCACAAUCUGCCUGAGUGCUGAGGCGAAUGAGGAAAUGCAUGUGGUGGAGGUACAGGAUAAGAUGGUGGGCCGAAGUCACCCAGUGCCCAUCGCCACCCUCCGCCCCCACUGCCUGCCAAUGGUAAGUUUCAGUGGUUUCGAGUUGAUGCCACCAGUGACCUUUAACCUUCGUUCUGGCCUGGGCCCUGUCUUCAUCUGUGGACAGCAUGUGACAUUGGAUAUGGAUGAAGACGAGGAAGAGGCUGUGUUUUCGAAGACCUCCUCUCCCUAUACAGAGUAUCUAAGUGAAGAUGGCAAUACCUUUGUGCUCCCUCUUAUAUGGAAGAUAAAGCAACAGAUCGCCAGUGACCCUACUCUCAGCUCAGAAUACCCACCCUGCCUAGGCCACCCAGAAUUCAACAGAAGGGCAACAGAGCUCGCUCUUGGCAAUGACUGCAGUGCAAUUGUGGAAAACAGGGUAUUGGGGGUGCAGACAGUAGGCAGCACUGGGGCAGUGCGUCUGGGGGCUGAGCUGUUGAAGCGCUGGUACAACCUGAGUGCAGAAUGGCAGGGGCCUGUCUACCUCUCUUCGCCCUGUAAUGAAAACCUGGCUGGCAUCUUUGAGGCCAUGGGGAUCCUGGACGUGAGGCAUUAUAGGUACUGGGAUGCAGAGCAGCGGGGUGUGUGUGUGGAGCAUGUGCUGGAGGACCUGGAGCAGGCCCCGGAGCUGUCUGUGGUCAUGGUCUCAGCCCCAGGCCACUGCCCCACCGGGGCGGACCUCUCCCACGAGGACUGGAAACUCCUGGCUGAAGUAAUGGUGAGGCGCAGGCUCCUCCCUUUCUUCCUGAUGCCCACGCAGGGCCUGUGUCUGGGGGACCCUGAGCAGGACAGCUGGCCACUGCAUCACUGCGCCUCGAUGGGCAUGGAGCUACUCUGUGCCCAGGCUUUCUCACACAACUUUGGCCUCUAUGGAGAGCGAGUUGGACACCUCUUGCUUGUCCUGAGGCAAAACUCCACACUAUUAGCUGUCCAGUCGCAAGCAAAGAGACUGGUGAGAAUGCUGUGGUCCCGUCCACCUGUGGAAGGGGCCCGAUUGGUUGCCACAGUGCUCAGUAACCCCGCCCACCUUGCUGAGUGGCGCGAGGGUUUGAGGAGUGCUGUGGAGCGGUGCAUGCUGGUUAGGGAGCAACUGAGAGAGAAGCUGAGGAUUCUGGGAACACCAGGCUGCUGGGACCACAUGACACAGCAAGGUGGAGUGUACUGCUGCACUGGCCUUAAUGCCAAACAGGUGGAGUACCUUUCCAAGAAGAGGCAUGUCUAUCUGCUCACCAACGGAUGUCUGAAUGUGAGCUGCAUCAACAACCACAACCUGGACUAUGUGGCAGAGUCCAUCCAUCUGGUUGUGACAUCUCUCCCUUGAUAUGAGGAACCAUAUCAAACCAGCUGCUUUAGCCUAAUGCAAUUUGAAUGUGAUGUGAACACCCUUUGCACCCUGUCAUCUCCUAAAUUAGAGUGAAUUCAAAAGGUGGAUGUAUCCUGUGGGAGAUCAACGUUUAAAAGGAAAUAAUUAAUCUCAGCCAGGAAAUCGCUGGAACAAUACACUCUCACUAGAACAUAUGCGUCACAAACAUGAAGAAAUGACAAGCUUCUCCUUAUUUUGGUGAAUGUGUUUAUGAACAGAAAAGCUGUGGAGAGAGGUCUGAGCAAACAACCAUGCUGGGCACAUUUGAAGGAAAGAGAUAAACAAAACGUAAAUGCUCUGAAUGGCCCUAGUUCCUGACACUACCAAAAUCAGACUUUCCAGCAGAGCAGAACCUGCAUUGUCAUUCUGAGCAGGCUCUAAAGAACCUCUGGCUACAAAUACACAAACCAAAUGCCUGGAUUUCACAUGACAAUGUGAAAAUGUUUUAUUGCAUAACAUGUAUAAAAAAAGUUUUUACUUCAUGAAUUCAUCUACCCAGACUAUGGGGUAGAUGACCCCAAGACUAUGCUUUCUCCUUCUAACCAAUAGUUAGUACUCUGCCUCAAGAUGAAGCCUGGACAACAGUAUGAUGAAUCAAUGCUCAAAUAUGUUAUCCAGCUAUCAAGAGAGGCAAUAUACUGUACAGUAAGCUAUCUGAGCAGAAUUCCAUUGAAUUCUGAAAAGCCAUUAAUAUUGAAUUGUAAUAAAAUACAAUGAAACAUUUCACAUUUUAAUAUAAGUGAUCAUUUGAAAGUAGGGGCUGUUUUAAUGGGCAACCUGGCACUGAAACUUGAUCAUGUCUGUGCUGACUAGCAGCCCUGCUGGGUGAGAUAGUUGGCUAUCACCUAGGGAACGCACAAGUUCAGGUGUCUGGAAGCACAGCAUCUUGUCACUCACGAACAACCUCUGCUGGAAGUCUUCAGGCUUCAGACCCCUUAAGUGUCUGCACACUUUAUCAUGUUGUAGAUUUUAAAUGGGUAAUAUUGCCAUUUUUGCGAAUCAAUCUACGCUCAAUAACCCACAUUGACAAAGCAAAAACAUGUUUAUAGAAUUUUUAGCAAAUUCCUUAAAAAUCUACCAAAAUCUCUCAUUUACAUAAGUAUUCAGACCCUAAAUUCAGUACUUUCUAGAAGCGCCUUUGGUAGCAAUUACACCUUUGAGUCUUCUUGGGUAAGUCUCUACAAGCUUUGCACACCUGGUUUUGGGCAGUUUAUCCCAUUCUUCCUGGCAGAUCUCUCAAGCUCCAUCAGAUUGGAUGUGAAGCAUCUGUGAAUUGCCAUGUUCAGGUCUCUUCACUCAGAUGUCCUAUUGGGGUUUUAAGUCUUGGCGUUGGGGUCUGAAUACUUCUUUCUAAGGCCACAUGCACGUUGAUGCUCUCUUUUGUUUGCAGCAAUUUUGAUUGUGAAUUCAAAAAAUUCACUCAUUGGGGAGAGAGCGGUUAAAACUUUUUUUAAGUAAUAUGAAAUGGUAUUUUCUUAAGACCACAAUCUGAAAUAAGACACAGAGCACUGCUUACAUUUCCAGACAGCUAAUUUCUACAGCAUUUAUUGAAAUACAGUAGUAGUGGCCAAAAAGAUGAAAACAUCCAUAAGAAGUCACUUAAUAGGGAAUUUGGCCACCAUAUGCUGCCAGAACAGCUUUUAUCUGGGAAAGAAUCCACCAAAAUCAUGAAUUCUGCUGGAGAGAUGCAUCACCAUCCAUCGUCAAUCAUGCCUCGUCAAUGAGGUGGACGUCUCAAGACUUCAUAGUCAGGCUUGUUGAACCAUUGAGUGACCACACUUGCACUGAGGAUAGGGGCGUAAGUAGUGAUAAUGUCCUGCCUAUUUGUUUAUGGAUGGUUCUUAAAGAAACUACCAACUCAGACCUAAAUUGUAAUUUGCUGUUAAUAGAUUUAGUCACCUGUCUAACUUGGAACAAAUGAAUCGCUGAAGCUCCUUCCCAUCAGUGUCCUUCCUCUCAGAGUGAGGUCUCCUCUUCUAGCCCUGCUGGCCGUACUUAUAGACCAGCAUAUCCAUGCCCAUAUUUUUGUAUAUGUCCAUCAGCAUGCUGCUUAAUUAACUCAAAAUUACAGCUGUGUGGAUGUGCCUGAUUUCCAGCUUUUCCGCUACAACCUUCAAUGACAAAAUAAUGCACAUAUUAUCAAGAAUAGAUGCUUACAUAGAUGCCCUUGUAAUUGUACCUUUACCCCAGUGAGGGGAGAGAUCUGAGUCAGUAACAGUAAGAUAAUCACGAGUGUGAACGAUUUAAGCCUAAAGCGUUUCCUCAAUUCUCUGUAAAAGCCAAUGUGCAAUCUGU